CACCACCUGCGACUUAUUAGAAUUAAGAACUCCUCACAUAAAAGCAUUCGAUUUGUUUCCAUCUUCCCUUACUGCAACACUCCAAUCACUAAAAGAAGAAGACCUUGCACUGAAAAUCUGGCUUGUUUCCCAAUUUAGGGACCGCCAACGAGCAAACCAAAGCUCUUCUCGGAAUAGAUUCGGCCGAUGCGAGCGGCCCACGAGCCGCACGUGCAUCCUGCCGGCGCUAGCUCCCCUCGCACUUUGCUUCCUCCCACCAACCGUCCGACGAACCUCUCCACCGGCCAGAGAGAGGAAACAGCCGUGAAAUCUGAACAUAUUUAGAGAGAAGAAGGAAAUAGAGGUAUGGUUUCGUAUUUGUACGCGUUUGUUUACCUGGUGGGUGUAGUAGCGGCGGCGGCUUUGGCUUUGCUUGUGGCGUUCCAGGAGCGGCUGGUGUAUGUUCCGGUGCUUCCGGGGCUAAGUAAGUCCUACGCCAUCACCCCUGCUCGGCUACGGCUUGCCUACGAGGAUGUCUGGCUUCACUCUGCUGAUGGCGUUCGCCUCCAUGGGUGGUUCAUCAAGAUCUUUGCCGACUGCACAGGUCCUACUAUUCUGUUUUUCCAAGAAAAUGCUGGCAAUAUUGCUCAUCGUCUUGAAUGUGUUCGCAUCAUGAUUCAGAGGCUCCAAUGUAAUGUUUUUUUGCUAUCUUACCGAGGAUACGGAGCUAGCGAUGGUGAUCCAUCUCAGCAUGGCAUUAUCAUGGAUGCUCAGGCAGCAUUGGAUCAUCUCUUCCAAAGAAGUGACAUUGAUACGUCAAAAAUAAUUGUCUUUGGAAGAUCACUAGGAGGUGCUGUGGGGUCAGCCCUUGCAAAAAACAAUCCUGAUAAGGUUUCCGCUCUUAUAUUGGAAAAUACUUUUACUUCUAUCCUGGAUAUGGCUGGAGUUCUGUUGCCCGUCCUCAAGUGGUUUAUAGGUGGCGGUGCUUCCAAGGGUCCGAAAGUUCUUAAUUUUCUUGUCCGCUCACCUUGGAGUACCAUUGAUAUUAUCGGACAGAUCAAACAGCCAAUUCUGUUCCUCUCUGGGUUGCAAGAUGAGAUGGUUCCUCCAUCACACAUGCAAAUACUUUAUGAAAAAGCAGCUGAGAAUAAUUCACGGUGUCUUUUCAUUGAUUUUCCUAAUGGCAUGCAUAUGGACACGUGGCUCUCAGGUGGCGAUCGUUAUUGGAGGACCAUUCAGCUAUUCUUCGAUCAAUAUGUUCUACAGACCAUAGACUCUGAGAGAAAGUUAUUGGAACGGAAUAGUUCAUGACGAAGAAGAGUGGAGAUACUGAAGGUUAUUAUAUUAUAUUGCUGCACUAUAUAUUUUUCUUUCUUUCUUUCUUCUUUUUUUUUUUGGGAGGUUUUCUGUCUUAAUAAAACAGAAGUUUUUAGUUCUGGCUUUUAAGCUCAUUUUAAUCAUAUUUAUAGAUCAAAUUUUAGGAACAAUUGUUUUAGUUGCUCGCUCAAUAUGGAUAAAAAUCCUAUACCAAUUUUGUUGCAGAAAUUAUAUGUGGAGGUCUCAAAAUGGUGACUCGUCUUGUUUUGUUUUUGUAGUUGGUGUCCGUGCAAUAGUAAUU